AUGUCGCAUCGCGGACCAUCGUCGGGCUACGGCAUUGGAGGACAACCUGGCCCCUACGGAGCUGGCCCUUCAGCACCCGGACAAGAGGAUGGCGGCUUCGUCGAGCAGAUCCGCCCGUACACAGACAAGGUCGAAGACUUUCUGGAUACAGUCAGUGAUCCAAUCAAGCCGUACCUCCCAGCCAUUGGGCGCUUCCUGAUCGUUGUCACAUUUCUGGAGGACACACUGCGCAUCAUGACCCAGUGGAGCGACCAACUAAUCUACCUGCACGAUUACCGCAAGAUUCCCUCGGGUAUCACCCACCUGUUUCUGCUUUCCAAUAUGGCUGCGAUGGCCGGCUGCUCGACCUUGGUCAUCAUCCGGAAAUACUCCGAUUACGCUGUCGCUGGUCUCAUGGGCGUUGUCGUCACCCAGGCUCUAGGCUACGGUCUCAUCUUCGACCUCAACUUCUUCCUCCGCAAUCUCUCCGUCAUUGGCGGUCUGCUUAUGGUCCUAUCCGACUCGUGGGUGCGCAAGACCAAGGCGUUCGCUGGCCUACCCCAGAUCGACGAGAAGGACCGCAAGAUGUACUUCCAGCUCGCCGGUCGCGUGCUCCUCAUUUUUCUCUUUGUCGGCUUCGUCUUCAGCGGGCAAUGGUCAAUCUGGCGCGUGGCUGUCUCGGCCAUCGGUGCCGGCGCCUGCGUUAUGGUCGUCGUCGGGUUCAAGGCCAAGUUCAGUGCCACCCUGCUCGUCGUCAUCCUCAGCGUGUUCAACCUGAUUGUCAACAACUUCUGGACACUGCACGAGCACCACCCCCACAAGGACUUUGCCAAGUACGACUUCUUCCAGAUCCUGUCCAUUGUGGGCGGUCUGUUGCUUCUCGUGAACAGCGGCCCCGGUCAGUUCUCCAUCGACGAGAAAAAGAAGGUCUACUAG